AUGGACCCUCUCACGGCCCUGCGCAAGCAGACCGAGGCCAAGCAGGCCGAGGCGCCUGCAAGCGCGGUGCCCGUGGCGGCAGCGGUGCCGCUGCCCGCCGGCUACGCAGCCCCUGCGGCCGUGGCCACGGCCGUGGCCACGGCCGUCUCCGCGCCCGUGGCGGCUGUGGCAGCUGCAAGCCCGGCCCCUGCGGCCCCCCCAGCCGCUGUGGCAGCUGGAGUAGCUGGAGCAGGGGGAGCUGGGGGUGCGGUGUCCUCCAGGCCCACCUUUGAGGGCGCCCUGGCUGGGGAGCAGGUGGUCGAGCAGGUGAAAUCCUGCAGCCUCCUGGUGCAGAACCCCUUCUGCGAGGUCGUCGGCCGGCUGCAGAUGACGCCGUACCGCCUGAAGUUCAUGAUCCCCAAGGGAAGCCUCAGGAAGGAGCUGCAGUGGAUGCGCGCCGCCAAGUACUUCGACGUGCCCUUUGGCGCGGUGGAAAGCGCCAAGGAGGAGACUUCGACGUCGACGGCCGGGCAGACGGUGUACAAGCUCACCGUCGCUACGAAGGACCUUCGAGUGCUGUGCUUCCUCAUGCCGACGGAUUCCGAGAUGCGCCUGGUCUCGGACGCCGUGGCGGCCUUCGGCUGCCCCGGCAAUCCGGCCAUGCUCUUCGCCUCGAAGCAUUUCGAGAGCCUCAAAAAGGCGGGGACAGUGGAGGCCCCUGACAGCGGCUGGUGCUUCUACGACCCUAUCCAGGACUUUGCCCGCAUGGGCAUCGACACCGAGCUGAUUCCGAACCCGCAGUGUCCCUGGCGCGUGUCGGAGUUGAACCGCCAGUACCGGCUCUGCGGCUCGUAUCCGUCCGUGCUGGUCUUGCCUCGGCGAAUGCCCGACCAGGCGCUGAGGGAGGUGGCCGGCUUCCGCAAGAGGGGCCGCCUGCCAGCCUUGAGCUGGUGUGGCGGCCCAGAGCUCGGCUUCGCAUCGCUCUGGCGCUGCUCGCAGACCACCGAAGGCCUCGUGGGCCAGAAGUGCAUCGAGGACCAGGCGAUGCUCAACGCCAUCCGCAUUGGGGCCGGGCCCAAGGAGUCCAAGGACCGGCUCCUGCUGAUCGACCUCCGGCCUCGGAUGAAUGCCUGGGUCAACAAGGCGGGUGGUGGGGGCUUCGAGGCCUACGACGACUGCCGGGUCAUCUUCGGAGGGAUCGACAACAUCCACGCCGUGCGCGACGCCUGGCGCGGCAUGGCAACAGCGGUGCGCAACGUCGUCGAAGGCCAGGUCGGCUCCUGGUUCAAGGAUGUGGCGAACUCCGGGUGGUACGACUACAUCGGCGCCAUCCUCGGCUCCACGCUGAAGGUGGUUGAGGAGAUCUUGAACAACAAGGCCAGCGUCGUCAUCCACUGCUCUGACGGCUGGGACCGCACCGCGCAGGUGUCGUCCCUGGCCAUGCUGUGCCUGGACUCCUACUACCGCACGCAGGAGGGUUUCCUAAAGCUGGUGCAGAAGGAGUGGUGCGCCUUUGGGCAUCGCUUCCGCACGCGCCUGGCCAUCGGUGAGCAGCCCUCCGCCGAGUACAGCCCGGUUUUCAUCCAGUGGUUGGACUGCGUGUUCCAGCUGCAGCAGCAGUUCCCAGACGCCUUUGAGUUCUCGCCGCCGGUGCUGCUUCGGCUGGCGGACGAGGUGUUCAGCAACCGCUAUGGGACCUUCUUCUGCGACAACGAGCAGGUCCUUGUGGACGGCGCUUCUGCAGCUAUGGGGAAUUGCAACGCCGCCGGUGUCGCCUCGGAUGCAGUAGAGCUGCAGGUGGAAGCUACGCGGAGACACGCGAGCCUCACCUCGCUCCCCCUGCGCACGAACAUGAAGUUCGGGUGGCGGCCGGACAUGCCGGACCACCGUGACCUCCGUGUGACCUUUGACAAGGUGGAUGCGCCCAGCCACAUCAAGAAGAAGUCCGAGGGAGAGAAGGAGCUCAUUGACCUUCGCCCGAUGAACGGCGGCUUCCCCAUCUUCGACCAGGGACACCUCGGCAGCUGCACAGCAAACGCUUUGGCAGCAGCCUUCCACUUCACUCUGCACAAGAUGACGGUGGAGAACCACAAGGACUUCGCCGACUUCACCCCCAGCCGGCUGUUCAUCUACUACAACGAGCGCUUGGUGGAGGGCAGCGUGAACCAAGAUGCCGGUGCGAUGAUCCGUGACGGCAUCAAGGUGAUGUCCAAGGUUGGCGUUUGCCCGGAGAGCGUCUGGAAGUACGAUGAUGGCCCCAACUUCUUCAAGCAGCAGCCCGAUGACAAGGCCUACGAGACCGCGCAGAAGUGCAGGGUCAUGGGCUACGCCCGUGUGGCACAGGACCUGAGCCAGUUCAAAGCGUGCCUGAAGAACGGCUACCCCUUUGUCUUCGGCUUUGCCGUCCUGUCAAGCUUCCAGACAGCGGAGGUUGCCAGGACCGGCAAGAUGGUGAUGCCCCAGGCGACUGACCAGCAGCUGGGUGGGCACGCUGUGUGCGCCGUGGGCUACGACGACUUCCAGCAGUGCUUCAUCGUCCGCAACUCCUGGGGAGAGGGGUGGGGCGACAAGGGCUACUUCUACAUGCCGUAUGAGUACAUGUGCCAUCCGGCUCUUGCCUCCGACUUCUGGGCCAUCAACUGGGUCGAGGGCUUCAAGAACACCAGCAGCAUGUCAGAGGGUGGCAAGCUGCAGGUGCCGAGACAUCCGAAUGCUGUGUCCCUCCCCUUGCGCACGAACAUGAAGUUCGGGUGGCGACCGGACAUGCCAGACCACCGCGACCUGCAUGUGUCCUUCAACAAGGUGGAUGCACCCAGCCACAUCAAGAAGAAGACCGAGGGAACGAAGGAGCUCAUUGACCUUCGCCCGAUGAACGGCGGCUUCCCCAUCUUCGAUCAGGGACACCUCGGCAGCUGCACAGCAAACGCUUUGGCAGCAGCCUUCCACUUCACGCUGCAUAAGAUGACCGUGGAGAACCACAAGGACUUCGCCGACUUCACCCCCAGCCGGCUGUUCAUCUACUACAACGAGCGCUUGGUGGAGGGCAGCGUGAACCAAGAUGCGGGUGCGAUGCUCCGUGACGGCAUCAAGGUGAUGUCCAAGGUUGGCGUUUGCCCGGAGAGCGUCUGGAAGUAUGAUGACAAGCACGACUUCUUCAAGCAGCAGCCGGAUGACAAGUCCUAUGAACUUGCGCAGAAGUGCAAGGUUAUCGGCUAUGCCCGCGUGGCACAGGACCUGAGCCAAUUCAAGCUGUGCAUCAAGAGCGGCUACCCCUUUGUUUUCGGCUUUGCCGUCCUGUCAAGCUUCCAGACAGCGGAGGUUGCCAGGACCGGCAAGAUGGUGAUGCCCCAAGCGACUGACCAGCAGCUGGGUGGGCACGCUGUGUGCGCCGUGGGCUACGACGACUUCCAGCAGUGCUUCAUCGUCCGCAACUCCUGGGGAGAGGGGUGGGGCGACAAGGGCUACUUCUACAUGCCGUACGAGUACAUUUGCCACCCCGCCCUUGCCCACGACUUCUGGGCCAUCAACUGGGUCGACGGCUUCAAGAAUGCGACCACCAAGAAGAAGUGA